UCGCACUUCCCUCCACACUCUUCAAUUCUCCCCCUUUUUUCCCUUUUAUCUUCUCUCUUCUUCAACCCCUUUUUCCCUCUUUCACUCGCAAUUCCCACCUGAGAAAUAUCACUUUCUUCUUUCUUAGAUGGAUUUUGACCUGCUUCUUCAUGCAUCAUCUACCUCCAUUUUUUAAUUCCAGUAAUAGAAAUCAACGCAGCAUCAACAAUUCCAUGGAUUCAAAGAAGCUCCGAAGGAAGCCCAAGCUCGAGCGCCGCAAUGCCGUCAAGUACGUUGACUACGACGCCGACGGCUCCACCACCUCCUCACACGAUGAUUCCUCUUCCUCUGUCGGUGGCGGAAGCAGAAGCGAUUCCAUUUACACCCGAUCCAUGGAUUUCUACGACCGAACUAGCUUCCGAAUUGAGGGAACCGAGGGCGAGUUUGACCGUAUUUGCCGGAGCUUGGGGCUCUCCGGCCCGGAGGACUUCGCCAUACCGGCGGCGGCCUGGGAAGCCAUGAAGGUCCGGUCGUCAUCGGAUAUUCUCCCGAGGCUGAAUCCGAGGGAAGAGCGAGUGCCACCGCGGCGGAGCGACGUCGUUGCGGUGGGUGAAUUGGCCGAGGAAUUCGAAGGUGGAGCUAGGGUUAGGGUUGAUGAGACCGGUGGUUGCUGCGCGGAGAGCUCCAGUGGCGUAUGCGGAGGAAUCAAAGGUGUUCGUCCGCCGAUGCUUAGGCCGCCGCCGGGGACCAAGGUGCCUGUGGUGGACAACACAAGCUCCACUUGGGACCUUCUAAGGGACUUUGCUCCAGAAGGUUCAGACAACGGCCACUUACUACAGAUAGAACCAGAUAAAGAAGACGAAGAAGAAGAAGAAAAGCAAGUAGUAGUGGUGGAGGAAGGAGGAGGUAAGAGAGAAGAGGAGGUGGAAGAAAGGGUGGAUAAUGCGGCGAGGAUUGCGGAGAUUGUUGCUGAUCUUUCGGGGUCGUGUGGUUUUAGCACUUCAAAUGAGGAAGAUGAUACUUCAAGCACUACCACGGGUCCAAGGUCUAACAAUAUAUCUCCCAAUGGAAGAAUCAAGUGUAUUAUUACCUCUGGCGAUUGGCAAAAGGGUGAGCUUCUUGGACGUGGUUCCUUUGGAUCAGUCUAUGAAGGAAUUUCUGGAGAUGGAGUCUUUUUUGCUGUGAAAGAGGUUUCACUGCUUGAUCAAGAUAAUCAGGGAAAGCAAAGUAUCUAUCAACUGGAGCAGGAGAUAGCACUUUUGAGUCAGUUUGAACAUGAGAACAUAGUUCAAUACUAUGGCACAGAAACGGAUGAAUCAAAGCUGUAUAUCUUUCUUGAGCUUGUAACCAAAGGUUCUCUUGCAAGCCUUUAUCGCAGGUAUACACUUCGAGAUUCCCAAGUCUCUGCCUACACAAGACAGAUUCUGCAUGGCUUGAAGUAUCUUCAUGAUCGAAAUGUGCUUCACAGGGAUAUUAAAUGUGCAAAUAUAUUGGUGGAUGCAAAUGGAUCUGUAAAGCUUGCUGAUUUUGGAUUGGCAAAGGCAACCAAAUUGAAUGACAUUAAAUCAUGCAGGGGGACACCAUUGUGGAUGGCUCCUGAGGUUGUGAAAGGAAAGAACCAAGGUUAUGGGCUUCCAGCUGAUAUGUGGAGUUUGGGAUGCACUGUACUAGAAAUGUUAACAGGCAAACUUCCAUAUUCGGAGUUUGAAAGUAUGCAGGCAUUAUAUAGAAUUGGGAAAGGUGAGCGUCCUUCUAUGCCUGAUUCUCUUUCAAAGGAUGCUCGAGACUUUAUCCUGCAGUGCCUUCAAGUUAAUCCAGAUCACCGUCCCACUGCUGCCCAACUCUUGAGCCAUCCAUUUAUCCAAAGACCAGUUUCCCACUCGUCGGGCUCAUUUCCUAAUCUUCCAGGCAAAAAAGGUUAAAUUUGUCAUCUUCAAACUGUGAAUCACAAUGGAGCUGUCCUUCAUCGCACACAAGAUAUUUCCAGUGCUCAGUUCUCCAAUGGCCGGUGUUGGACUGGGGUCCAAUAUUGCGGCAGCUGCUGGACGAGUGUCAGAGUAAGCCUGCUUGUAACUAUAAUCUUUAUAAGCACCACUUUGGGUCCAAUAAGGGAUAUGCUGCCCGAGAUAACCAAGUUAUGGUCUUGACAGUGACCUGUUGGAGGAUUGUGCUCAAGGUGGUUCUUGUAUGUUAUAGCAAUGCUGUAGUAUCAAGGUUGAGCUGAUAAAUGUCAUCCUUCACUUCACAUUAGCCAGCUGAGCUUACCCCUCGGAGCAAUGGUGGUAUGAACUGAGAUCACACUAAUUGUACAUAUUUUUAUCACUGACAUGCCAUUGUGUAAAUCUGUAUCCUCAAAGUGGUAAUUUUUCCCUCUAUUCCCAUCUUGGAAUAUUUUCCAACAAUCCCAAUUUCCAAAUUUUGGGAUCAAACUCUUCUAAAAUGAAGAAAUUGUAAAAUGAAAAAAUGAGGGUGUAAUAAUAAUUCAAUCACCAUUUUGGUCUUUUGUUGAGUA